AUAAAAUGCAGGGGUUUGCAUGAGGUUUUUUUUUAAUUUAAUUUUAUUUUAUUUUCCCGCAUUUAAUAGAAAUGGCCUCUGUGAUUCAGUACGGCCGUCGGAGAGGUUCCAGUAAGGGGGCAUUUUCAGUUGAGGAAGACAACAGGAUGAUCCAACUACCAGAUCUACGACAAGUCGCUGUGUUAUCCAAGGCUGAAUGGCUGAGGAUUCAAGAUGAAAUGAACAAUGUUAAUAAAGAAAAAGAGAGUAUGAUAGAGGCAGUGAAGCAGAGGGAGGCCCUGCACCUGGAGUCAAAAGAGAUGGUGAAACUGUGGUCCAAUUCUAUUGCUGCACAACGACAAAAGAAGCUCGAGGCAAAGGCAAUUCGAGAGGAGAUUGAGGAGGAGAGAAGGAAGUUGAUUGAUAUUGAAGAAGCAAAAUAUAAGGAGCAAAAGCGGAAAGAGGCUGUUGAAAAAGCCAAGAUUCAGCUUUAUUAUCAAACAGACCGAGUCAAAGGAUUACAUCGUGCACUCUUGCUGUCAGAAGUGCUGAAGGAAAGGGAGGCACAGAUUGAGCUGAAGCAAAGAAUUAAGAGUGCUUCUAAAGACGUGGAGAAAAAAUACCUGGAUGUUUCAAAGAGCAGAGAGGAGGAAACUCUGAGACAAGAGCAGGAGAAAACACAACAAAAAAAGCUUCAGAAUCUGACUCUUGCAGAGGAACUGAAGAACCGGAUAAAAGAAAAUGAGCUAACAAGAGAGCAACACAAGCUAGAAAACAAAAAGGAAGGAGAAGAAAUCCAACGUCUACUAGAGCUCUAUCACUGGGAGCAAAGAAAGGAGCAAGAAAGACAAGAAAAACAGAGAAGAGAUCUAAUGCAAGCACACCUGGAACAUAUGGCAAACAGAGAUGUCAUUAAAGCAGCAGAAGCACAACAACAGGAGAUGGAAGAGGAGCAAAGAAAACUUUUCCUCUCGGCAAAAGAGAAAAUGGUGCAGUUAAGGAAAGACAAAGAAGCAGAGUUGUUUAGAGAGGCCCAGAUGUGCAGAAAGAGGAUCAUAGACAAACUGACAGUCACUCAACAGCAGCAAACUGAGAGUGACGAGCAGAGAAUUGCUAGAGCUGUUGCUGAAAGGGAAGCAAAAGAGGCAGAGCUGCACAGAGACAAGGAGGAGCAGAGGGCUGCCAUGCUGGCAUCAAUCAUGGCACACAGAGAAACCACGAGACAAGAAAAGGAGGAAAGAGAGAAAACCAGGCAACAGAAUGCCAGAGACACGCUUCAGGCCAAGAAAGAGGCCGACAGAAUAUUCACAGAGAAACAGCAACAGAAGGCUCAGAAGAACAGAGAGGAGGAAAGGAAAGCGCAAGACUUCAACGCCACACAAAUGGUUCAAAAAUAUGCCAGGCAGCAGCAGCAGAGGAGAGAUGAGCAUGAGUUUGAGGCAAAGAACGCACAGAUCAUCGCUGAAGAAGAAAACCAGUUUCAACUGUAUUCGAGGCACGUCAUCAACGCAGCAGCACAAGCUCAGAGAAAUGUGUUUCCACUUUAUAAAGCUGCGAGAGAAGGGAUUGGAGGAGGGCUCGGUCCCGUUUUUGGCGGGGUCAGGCCCAGUUUUAUUGUUCAGGAUGACACCGGUGUACAAAUGCCCACAUACAUCUCCUCUGCCACGCAGAAUGUUAAAAAGCUCAAUGAGGCUGUAGACAUUCAGGAAGCAAAAAGGAGACUUGGCUUCACAUGGUGAUAGGUGAGUUUUAAAUUUACCAUCAUUCAUUCCUAAUUAAUUAUGUAAUAGACCAAAAAAUGAUAACUUCCCAAAUAUCAAGAAAACUGCAAGGCAAGAAAUGAAGUAACAUGCAUGACUUAGAACAGGGGUGUCAAACUA